GGUGGGAGACUUCAAGUAGAUCGAACCCCGGCAUACCAACCAAGUGCCUCUUCCUCCCACUUAGGCCCGAUGUUUUGGGAGAUGGUUGGAGGGUCGGAAGUUUUCCUUCGCUCGGCUCGCACACCAAACCCAGCCCUGCAUUGGUAUACCUUAUGUAUACGAGUCCCUUCGUUUCUUCCUACCUAGGGUACCUUCGCUGGCUUAUCUCGUUCGCUCCUUCGUUCGUACGUACAUACACCGUCCGAGUACGUCCGUAGUCCAUGCAUGCAUGCAUAGUUUUCUUACUGGCGAACACUGCAUUGGGAAAACAGUAUUAUUCAUAUGUGGAUGGACGCACCGGACGAGGAAUCGAUCGGGUGUCCGUCAAAGAGGUGGAACGAGUCGGAAAGUGAGAUUGGCUUAAGGAGGAGGAGAGAUAGUCCCUCGUCCAUCCCAAAGUCUUACGAAGUCUUACACCACGAGAAGGAGCUCAGUGUUAUUUAUCGACAAGGUGCUGGUGAUUGAAUGAACAAGAAGUGGUGUUGACGAUACAUUCGUCAUACAUACAUAGAGUGCUGUGGAAUGUGAAGAGCUCAGCAUGCAACUCACUGACAGUUUUUGGAGUGAUGAAGUGGGCGAUUUCAAGGGCUGGGAAGUGGUGUCCGCCCAGGUCAAGGAAGGUCGACAUAUCAUCAAACAAUAUGUGGAGUUUUUGAAACAAAGAUCGAUUGUGGAGGAUGCCUUUGGGAAAUCACUAUUGAAACUGUCCAAAUCAGUGAUUCUACCACAAGAUAUCGGGUGUUUGAACGACAUUUGGGAUGGCCUCGUUUCACAAACCGAAUCGAGCGGCUAUUCUCAUUUGGAGUCAUCUCGUCUUUUGGCAUUGGAAGCUAAUCGGGUUUACGAAUUGAGUGGCAAACAUCGAGAGGAAAGAAAGGCUCGCGAGGAAUCCGUGAGGCAAUCCCAACAGAAACUGCGAUUGGAUUACAAGAAGUUCAGCGAUGCUAAGAAGACCUACGAGAAUCGCUGUGGAGAAGAGAUAUCCAGCAAUCAAAUUUACUAUCAGGAAGUGGCCAAGAAAGGAAAAUCGUCCAAAGAAGCCGACAAGGCCCAGUUGAAAUUCGAUAAAGCCGCAUUUGCCCUGAAAUGCGCCGAGCUGAACCAUCAUUCCAUGGCCAGAGAGGCCGAAGAGAGUCGACAAAUGUGGGAGAAGGAGACGGAGGAAUGUUUGAGAUUAUUUCAAACCAUGGAAGAGGAACGAUUCGAGACGAUUCGAGACUCCUUGUGGCGGGUCUCGAACUUCAUUUCCGCUCAAUGCGUGGCGGAUGAUAAUGGGAGUGAGGACAUACGCACAUUACUGGAGAGUACAAAAUUUGAGGACUGUCUCAACGACUUCAUCGAGGAGAAUCUGACCGGAAGUGAACGACCCGCGAAAAUUGUGUACAAACCGUUGCCAACUUCGAACUCAGAUGGACUGGGCCAUGCUCGACAGGUGGUCAAUGGGCGAGCUUCAUUAGGACGGGAGUGUAGUUCGGCAGCUGCCACGCCCAGUGUCAUAAGGGCAGGAGGAGGCAGCAUGGACUUUCAUUCGGCCAAAUUGGAGCGGUCGCUUCACACCGAUCAGUUGCCACGGAAACCGCCUCGACUCAUUCAUUACGCCUCAUCCACUCUAACUCAUGAGCGACCCCCACUACCCGUUUCAAAAUCCUUCAAUCCUGCGUCACAUUUCCCUCUAGUUGACAGUGUGGAUAAUAUUGAGUAUUUCAAUCUCUCGGAUACGAACUCACCCUCAUCGGAUUCUCAGACCAGCGAGCGAUCUUUGCACGGAUUCCGAGGUAGUGGGGUAGGAAGUGUGGGGAGUGCAUACCCUUCCUCUUUAUCGGAUCAGUGCCCUUCGCUCAGUGACUUCCGAUGGCCUUCGAAUCAAUAUUAUACCGAAAAGCUGUGUUAAUGAUUUAUGCAUAAAUUUUAUUCCCUGUU